AUGCACAAUGUCACCGACCGGGGACACCUUUGGGACCCUAAGAUGAACUACAAGUCUUUCUUCUUCUCGAAUGAGAACGGCUUCUCGCAUACGGCCGAUACCCCCGUCCAGCAACAAGACCCCCAAAAGCUGGGCUGGUUGAAGUUCUUAGGAUAUUGGGGUGACAAUCCGAUGAACUUUCAUGGUGUUGGUAACGGUAUGUAA